AUGGGUGGGUGGGCCACCCUGGGCCGUUGGCCGGGCUCCCCCGCUACUUACCCUUUAGGCCCAAAGGCCCAGAACAGAGCAAAAGAGGCCAGCGCUGAGGGGCGCCGCCGUGACUUCGGCUCCCAGGCAUCACGGAGCUGCGAGCGCUCCAGGUUGCGGCGCGGUGCGGAGAUGGGAUGGGAGACCGAGGAGGCGCCAUUACUCCAUGGCGGGGAGGCCGAAGCGACGCUCUAUGCGCCGACCUCAACCCCAAUCGGAUCCCAGAAGAGCCACAUGAAGCUCCAGGUCAUCCGGGACCAGAACCAACCAUGGACAAUUUCACCACCGGGGAGGGCACAACAUUUUGGUUAUGAUGUAUUUAACAAAACUGGUUGGAGAGAUUGGAAACAUGCAUACAAAGCAUUACCUGAACAUGUUGGUGGUGUAGGCAAUCUUCGAGAGUUGAUUGAUUUUCUAAAAGACAACAAUGAAGAAGUUAGGAAUGCCUAUGAUCGAGGUGGUUUAAAUUGUAAGAUGACUUCCCCAGAUAUCCAAAAGGAUCUUGCAAGGUGUUGUGCAGAAGAAAUAACUGAAGCAAUUAUGGAAGAGAUUGGUAAUAGGCCAUUUUCUGUUCUCAUUGACGAAUCACGUGAUAUAUCAGUAAAAAAACAAAUGGCUGUUAUUUUAAGGUAUGUGAAUUCUAAAGGGAUUGUUGUUGAAAGAUUUCUUGCUCUUGUACAUGUCAAAGAGACUACAGCCGAUGCAUUGAAGGAAGCAUUGCUUGCUGUCCUUGAUAGGAACAAGCUAUCAGUUUCUCGGAUACGAGGGCAAGGAUAUGACGGGGCUUCUAAUAUGAGAGGUGAAUUUAAUGGACUGCGGUGUAUUGAAAACUGGCGAGGUAUCUACAGAAAAUGGAGUAUUGAAACUGGCGAGGUAUCUACAGGAAGAGGCUUGAAUCAAGAAACUAUCCUUGCUAGGCCUGGGGAUACUAGAUGGGGUUCACGUCAUGUUACUUUGGUUCGCUUGUCCCAAAUGUGGGACUCAGUGAUAAAGGUACUUCAAAUAGUUCAUGAAGAUGGACAAGUGCCAAAUCAAGCAGCUGGUUUGAUACAGAAAAUGGAGUGCUUUGAAUUUGUUUUUAUUAUGGUGCUUAUGUUAAAGGUUCUUGGCAUCACAAAUGAGCUCUCACGUGCCUUACAAACAAAAGGUCUCAAUAUUGUUAAUGCUCUUGAGCUUAUCCAUGAUGUCAAAGCUCAGUUUAACACCAUGAAAGAAAGUGGCUGGGAUAACUUAUUUGAUGAGGCAAGACAAUUUUGUGAUUUGAAUGAUAUUCCUAUUCCAAAUAUGGCUGAGGAAAUACCAGUGAGAGGUCGUUCAAGGCGUGAUGGAUUUACUGUUACUAAUCUUCAUCAUUAUCAUGUUGGGAUUUUCUACGUUGUUCUUGAUAAAAUAUGUGCUGAGAUGAAUCAUCGGUUCACUGAAGCGACGAUGGAGCUAUUGAUGUGCUUUUCUUGUCUUGAUCCAAAGAACUCUUUCUCUAGUUUUGAUGUCAACAGUCUUGCUCGGCUUUCUGAAAUUUAUGCUGAGGAUUUCUCAAAUCAUGAUCGUGGAGUCAUAAGGGGACAAUUGGAGACAUAUAUUCUUCAUCUCAUUGAAUUGGCCUUGUUGGUGCCGGUGUCAGCAGCAACUGUUGAAAGGGCUUUCUCAUGUAUGAAGACUAUCAAGUCUAAAUCCCGCAAUAGGAUUGUUGAUGAUUGGUUCAACAACUUUAUGAUAUGCUAUAUUGAGCGAGAACUAUUCAAUUCACUUGAUGAAACUACUAUUAUUUGGCGGUUUCAAAACUUGAAGAGUCGCAGGAUGCAGCUGCCUUGUAACCAUGCUCGUGGCCGUGGGCAUCCGUAG